AUGCAGCCGCCUGCACCAACUGUGGAGGUCUUAGUUCGACUUGAUGAAGAGACCGAUUGCAGCAUGGAUGCAUCUAGCGCUUCCAGCUUGAACAAACAAAACUACCUGGAUAUGCUGCUGAAGCUGACACGGCUAUCUGUGGUGGAGAGCAGCAAGCAUAUGCCUGUUGUACUCCCCGCUUUGGCGAAGUUGAUGCCCGCGAUUUCGUCUGCAAAUGCAAUCACUGUCAUGAAGCUCAACGAAGCGUUGUCCGAGGUUGUUGAGCGCCAAGCCAUGGGGCUACGUGACGAUUCACAGGAUUACAGCAUCGUACGCCUCAGCUACGACUACUAUAUCUGGUUUGUUAGUGCUAUGGCACCCAACCGAAGGAGAAAACAUAUCCCCCAGGCUUUCAGCGCGCUGAGAGAAGCGAUGGCGGAAGAAAUUGUUUCUGACAAGCAGCCAUCCAUGAUUGCGAGACAGUUGAAGCUGGUAGUGCAGUGGGGUCGGCGUGUUCCCCGCGAUUCGGAGUUUCUUCAACUGUUUGUCCGUCUCCUGGCAGACUCUAAAGCUUACGCCGACAACGUAUCCAAUCUUACGGUUAAAGUGGAGCUGCUACGUGAGAUAAGAAAGAUUGAAUGUGACUUUUGUGAGCUGCCCAAGAUGAAAGUGCAAGAGCAAGUGGCAGACGCUUUAAGCUGGGCUCGACACCUUAACACAAGAGAACCGUCGACAGAAACCCUUGAUAAGGGCAUUCUGAUGCUAGACGAGGUGCUUCAACACCGCGAACCAGGCUGGCAACCGCGAGAAAAUGAAGCCGUGCUUGAAUGCUGCGACGCACAGAAGAAAUACACAAUGCUUCUGAACGAAGGGCAAUCGCGAAGCCAGCGUUUGGCAGCGAUAGGAAGAUGGAAACUCCGCCGCCGUCAUCUGCUAAGAAGCCAUAGGGAAUUCGAGCGAGUGACGGUAUUUUAA